CGGUAAACAGCGAUAAAAUGUCGUAAAAUUGUAAAUGCUAAAAAUCCAUCGAUUCGGACGCCGAGAAAGUCUUUGUUUUGUCGAAAAUUUGUGGAACUAUUUGUCGAUUUUCGGCGAUUUUUUCAUGAGAAAGCAGUCCCGGUGAUAAGUGAAAAGCAAUCUGUUUAAUUGUGUUCAGUGAAUCUGAAAAAUUUCAGUGAUAAAGUCGAUUUGUUUGAUUCGAAUUUCAUAUAAGUCUUUUGUGUGACAAAAAAAAAUUGUUUCGUUAACAUCGACCAGACGACGUUUUGUCGAUUGAAAACUCAUUUUUGUCCCCACUGGAUUAUUAAUAUUAUUUGUUCCCGCAAUCAAGAACGAGAGCUGCGAUAAAACCGGAAGUUGUUCGAUUCUAUAAAAUAGCCCAAAGCACACGAACGACUUCUUUCCCUUUCCAAGCAUCAAAUUCCAAGAUCAUGAGCAUCGGUCGUUGGUUUUUGAGAUUGCGAGUGCUGUUGUUUAGGGUUCUGAUGGGAUUCGGUAUGAAAAUUCAUCAUAAAGGCGAGCCGAAAGCACCACAACCUGUUUUUAGGGUUGUCAUACCAUCAAGACUAGCAACACGAACCGGUCGCAUCGAAUUAGUAUUUUACGUUCCAGUUGGAUAUUUUCAAGUUCCGAUCGAUCACCGGUAUCCGGUAGUCGUUAAUUUCCAUGGCGGAGGAUUUGCGCUGGGAACGGCAACGGAUGAUGCAAAAUGGGCGUCGAUGGUUGUGAAAAAUGUGGAUGCCGUUUUCGUUUCAGUGGAGUACAGACUUGCGCCAGAAUUUCCAUUUAGUACAGCGGGAGAGGACGGAUGCGAUGCAAUUAUUUUUCUGGCGGCUCAUGCCGAAGAGUUACGAUUGGAUUCUAAUCGAAUUGGGAUUUGUGGUUUCUCUGCUGGAGGAAAUUUAGCAAUGACCAUUCCGUUGAUGCUCCACAAUCUGAAGAAUAACACGGGAAAGAGACACCUAAAAUGUUCCGUACAACAAUCCGAUUCGACUACAAAUACCUCAAAGCUGGUUUUGUCUCCAGCCAAAUCCGUUUACAAGUCGGACGACUUCAAAAUGACUGAUCUCGAAAUUAGUCAAACAUUCCCAGUGUUCACCAUCAAAUGCUUGGUAUCGUUCUAUCCACCGUUAGAUUUUCGUCAACCACGCGCCGAAAAGCGACUAACAAAUCGGAAACCGGAAAAAAACCUGCCUGCCUUUCUGACCAAUCUUUUCGAUGCAUCGUACCUGUAUCCUCGCGAUAAGGUCGACGACAAUGAUCCGUACCUUAGUCCCGUCGCAGCGCCAAACGAAUUGCUGAAUGCAGCCUACCCCGACGAUAUUAUCCUCUACACUUGCGAAUAUGACAUGCUAAACGCGGAAGGUGUUGCCUUCGGUAAUCGAUUGACCAGUGAGAUUGGCAAAAAUGUAACCGGUGGAGUAAUUAAAGAUGUGGCGCAUGCGUUUGACAAGAUGCCGAAACCAUCGCAGGAAAACUUGAAGGCCACGGAAAAUUGUUAUAAGAAGGCUUGUGAGGAGCUGACAAAGGUUUUUGCGGUGAAAACUGCGUUGAAUGAACAAAAGCGUGAAAGCGAUGAGCAGAUGAAUGGAGUGACAGACGACAAUGAUUUGAAUUCUGUUAGCGUUAGCAGUCUCAAGCAAUGAGUGUUUUCCGUACAAUUGGAAUUUUAAGUUGUCUUUCCUCACAUGCUCUGCUUUUCUGACUGAUUUUAUGUAAAUUGGAAAUAGUGGCAAUGAAACAUUGUAUGGUGGUGGGUGAAUCGGAAUAAACAGUAACCUUGACACAAACAA